CCAACCGUCCUUCUUUGCCGAGCCAAAGCGUCCUGUCGGGUCGCGGUCGGAGCGUCGAUUUAUUAAUUUCCACGCUAAGCACCUGACGCCAUUGACAAUGGAAUUUGGUCAGAAAAAUGAAAAAUAAAUUGGUGGCUCGUGGGGAGCAGUUCGAGUCGUUGAACUCAUAAACCCUCCCAAAAAGUGGAAGCUUUGAUUCCCUUCGCCGCGAUCAGAGUCUCCCAUCAGUGAUCAUCUGGGCCUUCUCACCCAUCAGAGCUCAGCUCCCCUGAAGAAGAACAGUUCUUGAUCAGAAGAGGAGGAUAAAGGAGGCUCCUUUGCCCUCUUCUUGCUGGUCUAAGUCACAGCUAUGAUUCACCUGGGCAUGGGGGGGCUUGAUUUCUUGACGUUGAUGGGACUCUGGUUGUGAGAAAUCUGUGGGGCUGGAGGGGCUUUGCUUUCUUGGGGGAUUUUUGGGUCUGUCUUGCUUCUUGGGUCUUCUUGUGGAGCUUUGGAUCAUCAAGAUGUUGGGGUUUGGGUGGGAGUGUCUGUGCUGGAAUGAUUUGUCUGAGCUCUGUCCUCAGGAGCCACGGCCCUUCUCUCUGCCCUCUCCUCUCCCUCGUUGGCCCCAAGGCCAGGGUUUUGCCACUGGGAGAGUCGACCUAGGUGAAAUCGAAGUUCUCAAAAUCACAAGAUUUGAGAGCGUUUGGAGCUUCGGUCAGGCACAUGGAAAGUUGAGGGGAGUCUCAUUCUAUAGGCCCAUCAGAAUUCCUGACGGGUACCAUUGUUUGGGUCAUUAUUGUCAACGUACUGACAAGCCAUUGAGAGGCUAUGUUCUCGUGGCUCGCAGCCUUGUUGACAAGGAAAUUCAAAGCAGAUCGGACUCGUUAUUAAGAUCUCCCCCUUUGGUAAAGCCAUUGAACUAUACCCUCAUAUGGAGCAUAGACUCAGAUCGUGAUGGAAGUGCUUUCUUUUGGUACCCCAAUCCACCCAUUGGUUACAAAGCACUGGGAAUAGUUGUGACGAACGAUCCCAUGGGGCCUGAUAUUGAACAAGUUAGGUGUGUCCGGGAGGAUCUUACCGAGCCAUGUGAACCUUGUGAUCUUAUAGGUACUCUAGAAUCGAAACAAUCCGGAUACCCGAUUCGUGUUUGGGACACAAGACCCUUCAGGAGGGGCAUGAAAGGGAAAGGUGUUUCCACGGGGACGUUCUUUUGCGACUCGGUGUUAGGCUUGAAGGAACAAGAUCUCGAGAUUGCAUGCCUGAAGAAUCGUGACUACACCUUGCACGCGAUGCCAAAUCUAGACCAAGUGCAUGCCCUGAUUGGGCAUUACGGUCCCACUGUCUUCUUCCACCCGGAUGAAUCCUACUUGCCCUCGUCUGUGGAAUGGUUCUUCAAGAACGGGGCACUUCUGUACGAGGAUGGCAAAGAAAAGGGUGAGAGAAUCAAAUAUGAUGGGUCGAACUUGCCCUGUGGCGGUUGCAAUGAUGGGGAGUUUUGGAUCGAUUUGCCAGAGGAAGAUGACUCCAGGGAUUUCCUCAUUAGUGGAAAUCUUGAUAGCGCUGAGCUCUAUGUCCACGUGAAGCCUGCCCUUGGUGGGACCUUUACAGAUAUCGUGAUGUGGGUCUUUUGCCCUUUCAAUGGGCCUGCCACACUCAAGGUUGGCCCAGUGAGCAUCGUGAUGAGCAGGGUCGGGCAGCAUGUGGGAGACUGGGAGCACUACACUCUCCGGGUUAGCAACUUCACUGGAGAGCUUUGGAGCAUGUACUUCUCGGAGCACAGUGGGGGCGGAUGGGUAGAUGCUUCUGAGAUAGAGUACAUCGAGAGGAAUAGACCCAUAGUUUAUUCAUCUAAAUAUGGCCAUGCGAGUUUCCCUCAUCCUGGGACUUAUCUGCAGGGAUCGUCAAAGCUUGGGAUCGGAAUGAGGAACGAUACCGCCAGGAGCAAUAUCUUCAUAGAUUCAAGUGUUAGGUAUCGGAUUAUUGCUGCCGAGUAUCUUGGAGGGGGUGUGGUAUCGGAACCCUGCUGGUUGCAGUACAUGAGGGAGUGGGGCCCAACAGUGAUCUAUGACUCGAGGUCGGAGCUUGACAAGGUGAUCAAUCUUCUUCCUAUUUUUGUGAGGUUCUCGGUGGAGAAUCUCUUCGACUUGUUUCCAACAGAGCUUUAUGGAGAGGAGGGGCCAACAGGUCCGAAAGAGAAAGAUAAUUGGGUUGGGGAUGAGAGAUGCUAGCUUCACCUUCAUGACACAAUGUGAAGUUCUUCAUCGGUCGGGUUUUGUAAAUUGGAGAUGCUUGUGAGGGAGAUGGAAGGGAAGAGCACAGAAACUGAAGGCAACAGAGCGAGGUCUUUUGUUACUUCUACUUCGGACUAGGAGGUUGAUGAAGGGACUAGGAAUUCUUCUUCUCACUGACAAGGUUCUUGGGAUUAACUGCUCCCAGGAAAUUUCGAGGAUGUCAGGAAGUCUGGUUAAAGAACGGGAAUCUCUAUGGUUGAUCCAUUGGGACCGUCUGUCCUUUUGGCUCGGGAAGCACUCUCUAUUUAUCAUACUAAUCCACUUUUCCUGAGAGAGAUGAUCAAGGAAGUAACAAUUGACCUGCUUAGAAAAGAAUACUGCAUUCGUCGGGGCAGAAUCAGAUGGUAAUUCUUCGCGAGGCGUCCUUCCUUGUUUCUGGGAUUGUACUUUCAUUUGCUGUUGUAUUAAAAUACUAGAGUAUAAUGUUGUUGCUUCCAAAAGACUCGUGUGUAAUGAGUCCAGGAAAAGAAAAGUUGUUUCCCGGCACUAAAUCGAUAUUCAAUAUUCAAUGAAGCCAAUCUUAUGUAGUGGUUUUUGGUGU